AUACACCGAGCAUGGAGGGGUCAGGGGGACAGAUGGCAGAGAGGAAGAUCCUGGUACUUUUUGGAAGUCAGACGGGGACAGCCGAGGAUAUGGCAGACAGGAUUGGCAGAGAAGCCCUGCGAAGACACUUUGCCUGCAGAGUGGAAGCUUUAGAUAGCUACAGUGUGGUUAAUCUUAUUCAUGAAACUCUUGUCAUCUUCGUCUGUGCGACCACAGGGCAAGGUGACCCACCAGAUAAUAUGAGAAACUUCUGGAGGUUUAUUUUCCGCAGAAAUCUGCCUCAGAAUUCCCUGUGUCGGAUGGAUUAUGCUGUGCUUGGUCUUGGAGAUUCUUCCUAUCCAAAGUUCAACUUUAUAGGCAAGAAACUACACAAGCGGCUUCUCCAGCUUGGUGCUAACCCAAUUCUGUCUCCCGCUCUAGGAGAUGACCAGCACGACCUGGGUCCAGAUGCUGUGGUGGAUCCAUGGCUGAAACAUCUAUGGAAUAAUGUCCUCUCUCUGCAUCCCUUACCUCCAGGUCUCAGCAUAAUCAGUGACGAUAUCAGGUUACCCCCAAAGUUUACUCUCCGUUUCUUGGACCAAGAAGUGACAGCAGAGGACGGAAUAGUAGAGAGAGUUGACACUUGUGGGACUGCAACAGAAUUACACCCAUUCCAAGCUCCACUACUGACCAACCAGCGAGUAACUGCAGCCAACCACUUCCAGGAUGUGAGGCUAAUUGAGUUCGACAUCACUGGGUCUGGCAUCCAGUUUUCUCCUGGGGAUGUGGUGAUGAUCCAGCCGCAAAAUUCCCAGCAGGAUGUGGAGAAAUUCUGCGCGCUUCUUCGACUUGAUCCAAACAAAGUGUUUUUUCUAGAGCACCAAGAUUCAGACAUGCCGCUUCCCCCACAAUUGCCUCAGCCAUGCACAGUAUAUCAUUUGGUGGAGAAGUAUCUGGAUAUCCACUGUGUGCCUCGCCGCUCCUUCUUCCAGCUGCUCUCCUACUUUUCAGUGGAUGAACAAGAGAGGGAAAAGCUGCAGGAAUUCAGCUCUGCUGCUGGGCAAGAUGAAUUAUAUACUUAUUGCAACCGGCCCCGACGCACCACCCUUGAGGUUCUGGCUGAUUUCCCGCAAACCACCUGUAAUAUCCCAGCUGACUACCUUCUGGACCUCAUACCUCGCAUCCGACCUCGAGCUUUCUCUAUAGCCUCCUCUUUGCAGGCCCACCCAAACAGACUGCAUAUCCUGAUGGCCGUAGUCCAGUAUAAAACCAGAUUACAGGAACCUCGACGUGGCCUGUGCUCAGCGUGGCUAGCAUCUAUCAGUCCUAGCAACGGAGUACGGAUCCCUCUAUGGGUUAAAAAAGGUAGUUUGAAGUUCCCCGGUGACCCAGACACCCCAGUGAUAAUGGUGGGACCUGGAACUGGUGUAGCCCCCUUCCAUGCCGCCAUUGAAGAAAGAGCAGCUCUUAACAAGACAGGCAGUUGUCUGUUUUUUGGCUGCAGAGGGAAGAACAAUGAUUUCUACUUCCAGCAGGAAUGGGCAGAACUGGAGAAAAGAGGGCUUCUGACGCUAUUCACAGCAUUCAGUCGUGACCAGGAGGAUAAGAUAUAUGUUCAGCAUCGAAUUAAGGAAAAUGCAGCAUAUCUCUGGGACCUCAUCAAUAGAAAACAAGCCUACUUCUACCUCGCUGGAAAUGCCAAAUCAAUGCCGACGCAAGUGACCGACGCCUUGAAAGAAAUCUUCCAGAGUGAGGGGACCUUUUCCUCUGCAGAGGCUGAACAGUAUCUGAACACGCUAGAAAAAAAUGGCCGCUACCAGUCAGAGACUUGGUCUUAAAGCACCAGAGUUCUGCAUUGUUACUGGAACUCUCAGAUCUUGUACCUCAUGUUAAUCAGAAGACACUGGACAGG